AUGUUUGGUCCUCAGUUUUGCUCAAACCCACCAACCCUGCACCCAAAUGCUGGAGCUGGGCAUGUUGAACAGCUUGGUGGUCUCAUCACCUACGUCUCUGGUUCUCCCAACUCUAAGUUUGCCAUCCUUUUCAUCACUAACAUUUUUGGAUAUGAGGCUCCACUCUUGAGGAAGCUUGCAGACGAGGUUGCAGCUUCUGGAUUUUAUGCUGUAGUUCCUGACUUCUUACAUGGAGAACCCUUUGUGCUCAACGAUCCUAAUAGGCCCCUACAAGUUUGGUUGAAGGAUCAUGGAACGGACAAGGGAACUGAGGAAGCAAAGCCCGUAAUUGAAGCUUUAAAAAGUAAAGGAUUUUCUGCAGUUGGGGCUGCAGGCUUCUGCUGGGGUGGUGAGUUUUCUGAUUAA